UUUUUUUUUUCACAGAAGAAUGCAAAAUAUUAUCAAAGAAAGAAAAAGAGAGAAAAAGAUGUACCGUGUGUUGUGCAGCCACGAUGCGUAAUUCAGGAUGAGUAAAUUGGCGCCGCCUGGGAAAGGAUUCUGUGUAGCGUGGGGAGAACCGUCUAUUAGAAUUACUGAACCCGGAUGUGUACAAAUAUGCAAUCCUAAAGAAAUGAUGACUCCCUCUCUUUCCAACCUUUUUCUCUUCUCCCACCCCCACAACAGCUUUUUAUUAAAAAGAUGCCCAAGGCCCCAGCAAACAAAGUGUACGUCGUCGGCGUUGGCAUGUCCAAGUUCAUUAAGCCCCGCGGCCAGGUCGAUUAUCCAGAGUUCGGUCUUGAGGCUGCUGUCAAGGCAUUGAACGAUGCCAAGUUGUCGUAUGACCAAGUUGAAUUUGCCGCCGUUGGCUAUUGCUACGGUGACAGUACCUCUGGCCAGCGCGUCCUUUACCAACUCGGUAUGACACAGAUUCCCGUCGUUAAUGUCAACAACAACUGCUCGACGGGCUCGACUGCCUUGCUCCAGGCACGCAAUGCCGUUGCCUCUGGCAUGGUUGACUGUGCCAUGGCCCUUGGCUUUGAGCGUAUGCAGCGUGGCUCCUUGAAAUCCAACUUUAGUGAUCGCACUCCCCCAUUGGAUCACGUCCAUGACUUGAUGACCGAGCAGAUUGGCUACAAGGGCAAUGCUCCUCGCGCUCCUCAAAUCUUUGGUAACGCCGGUAUGGAGUACAUGCGUCGCUAUGGUGCCACGGACGAUCACUUGGCCAAGAUUGCCGAAAAGAACCAUCGCCACAGCUCCAAGAACCCUUACUCGCAGUUCCGUGAUAUCUACACCUUGGAACAGAUCAAGCAGUCGCCCACCAUCUACGGUCCCUUGACCAAGCUUCAGUGCUGCCCCACUUCGGAUGGUGCUGGCUGUGCCGUGGUCGCCAGCGAAGAAUUUGUCUUGAAGCACGGUUUGAUGGACCAGGCCGUCGAGAUCUGUGCCCAAGUCAUGGCAACAGAUUCUCCCAAAAUGUUGUCAACCGAUGCUAUCGAAUGGGCUGGUACCGACAUGACCCGCCGUGCUUCUCAAGAGGCUUAUAAGCAAGCCGGCAUUACUCCCAACGAUGUCCAAGUUGUCGAACUGCACGACUGCUUCUCUGCCAACGAGCUUGUCACGUACGAUGCCUUGGGCUUGACGCCUCCUGGCAAGGCACACACCCUGAUCGAUUCGGGAGAUAACACUUACGGCGGCAAGUACGUAAUAAACCCUUCGGGUGGUUUGAUCUCCAAGGGCCAUCCUCUUGGUGCCACUGGCUUGGCCCAAUGCACAGAGCUCUGCUGGCAGUUGCGUCGAUGGGCUGGUGACCGUCAAGUGCCCAACGUGGAGCGUGCUCUUCAACACAACGUCGGCUUGGGUGGUGCUGUCGUCGUCACGAUCUACAAGAAGGCCAAUGCCAACUACACCCAACCUCAUGUCGGAUACAAUCCUGCUGUGGAAGCACGUCCAAUCAGCAAGGAUGAAUAUGAAAAGGCAGCGGCAAAGAAGCAGAACCGUGCCGAAUACUUGGAAGCCAAGUUGUAAAAAUAGCAGCAGACCCUAUUACCCUAUUAAUUAUAAUAAAAAACCUCUCUCUCUCU